AUGGAGAGAAGCAAUCAGACGGUGACUGACUUCAUCCUCGUGGGCUUCACAAAAGCCCCGGUGGUGCAACUGGUCCUGUUCGUGGUCUUCCUUAGUGUGUACUCUCUGACUCUGGUUGCAAAUUCCACCCUCAUAAUAUUGAUCUGUAAUGACUCCCGGCUGCACACACCCAUGUAUUUUUUCAUUGGGAAUUUGUCUAUUCUGGAUCUCUGCUUAACCUCUGUCUACACGCCAAAGAUCCUGGUGACGUGCAUCUCUGAAGACAAAAGCAUCUCCUUUGCUGGCUGUGUAUGUCAGUUCUUCUUCUCUGCUGCGCUGGGAUACAGUGAGUGUUACCUGUUGGCCACCAUGGCUUAUGACCGCUACGUGGCCAUCGCAAAGCCACUGCUCUAUUCUCAGGCUAUGUCUAAAAAGCUAUGUGCAUUUUUGGUAACAUCCUCCUUCCUUAGUGGUUUUAUUAACUCUUCGAUCAUCACCAAGAGAACAUUUGCCUUGAACUUCUGUAGUGGCAAUGUCAUUGAUGACUUUUUCUGUGAUUUGCUUCCCUUGGUGAAGUUGGCUUGUGGCAGGAAAGAUGGCUAUCAGACUGUGCUGUACAUCAUCCUGGUCUCCAACGUCAUCGCCCCCUCCGUGCUCAUCCUGGCCUCCUACCUGUUCAUCAUUGCCACCAUCUUGAGGAUCCGCUCCACCCAGGGUCGCCUCAAAGCCUUCUCCACGUGCUCCUCCCACCUGGUCUCUGUCACCUUGUACUAUGGCUCCGUUCUCUAUAUCUACUCUCGUCCCCGAUCUAGCUAUUCUUUGGACACAGAUAAAAUAGUUUCUACCUUUUACACUGUGGUGUUCCCCAUGUUGAAUCCCAUGAUCUAUAGCCUGAGGAAUAAGGAUGUGAAAGAGGCUCUGAAUAAACUCAUUAAAUAA